AUGGUCCCCUCUCCCUUCCUACACAACAGGACUCAAUCCAGAACGCGAUAGACCUCUGUCGCCUAUUACUUUCCCUGUUUAUCCCUCUGUUCAAGCCCGUUGCAUCCCGCCUGAUCUUUAGCCAUGAGUCGGACUUUAAGCAUUCUCCGCCGCGUUUCACAGGCCCGGUUGCCAGCGUUACCGGAGCGGAUCCCGGGCCGUAAUCGGCGCUUCUCCGUCUCGGCCGCGGCCUCGGCAUCCGAGUCGCUUCCGCUCGAAGGUUACCGUGUGCUGGACAUGACCAGAGUGCUGGCGGGGCCAUACUGCACCCAAAUUCUAGGAGACCUGGGCGCAGAGGUGAUCAAGAUAGAGCACCCCGUCAGGGGCGACGACACCCGAGCUUGGGGUCCACCUUAUGCCACAUAUAAGCCCGGUUCCUCGCAGGAAGGCCCCGGCGAGUCUGCAUACUUCCUGGGAGUCAAUCGCAACAAAAAGUCGCUGGCACUCUCUUUCCAGGAUCCCGCUGGAGUCGACGUCCUCCACAAGCUGGCUGCCAAGUGCGACAUUCUGGUCGAGAACUAUAUUCCAGGAUCUCUCAAGAAGUACGGCCUGGACUACGAGACCAUCCACAAGAUCAACCCUGCGCUCAUCUAUGCGUCCAUAACGGGCUAUGGUCAGACGGGGCCGUACUCUCAACGGCCGGGCUAUGACGUGAUGGUGGAGGCCGAGUUCGGGUUGAUGCACAUCACCGGCAGCCGAGACGGGCCGCCGGUCAAGGUGGGUGUAGCAGUGACUGACUUGACUACCGGGCUGUACACGAGCAACAGCAUCAUGGCUGCACUGCUCGCCCGCGCGAGGACUGGCAAGGGUCAGCACAUCGACGCCGCCCUGAGCGACUGCCAGACGGUCACCCUGGCCAAUAUCGCAAGCAGCUGUCUGAUUAGCGGGGAGAAGGACACUGGCCGAUGGGGGACGGCUCACCCUUCCAUCGUGCCAUACAGGUCCUUCAAGACCAAGGAUGGAGACGUCCUCUUUGGCGGAGGAAACGACAAGCUGUUUGGUAUCCUGUGUGACGGACUAGGGCGACCCGAGUGGAAGGACGAUCCCAAGUUCAAGAUCAAUGCCUCCCGAGUCGCCAACCGCGACGAGCUUGAGGCCAUGAUCGAAGCGAUCACGGUGACCAAGACCACACAAGAAUGGCUAGAUAUAUUCGAGGGCAAGGGCAUGCCCUACGCUGCCGUCAACGACAUCCAGGGGACGCUGACGCACGAGCACACCAAGGCGAGGAACAUGGUGGUCGAGGUGGACCACGAGGAAUGCGGCACUAUCAAGCUGCUCAACACGCCCAUCAAGUACUCGGAGAGUAAGCCGAGAAUUCGGAGUCCCCCGCCGACCUUGGGACAGCACACGGAUGAGAUUCUGCGGGAACACCUGGGAAUGGACGAUGCUCAAAUACAAGAAUUGAGGGAAAAGGGGGUGAUUAGGUAGUAAUAGCAAUAGCGGCAGUAAAGGAGAUAAUAGAUGAUGCCCGAGGAUAACGAGAGCCUCAACCCCCCCAUUAUCCUCCUAUCCAC